UCGCCCGGGACCAGAACCUCACCUACAUCGCCAGCCUCUUCGGCUUCAGCGACUACCGCGCGCUCAAGACCUACAACCCGGGCGUCUCCAACAUGGACUACAUCCAAGCCGGCCAGAGCGUCAACAUCUCCUUCCGCUGCGGCUGCCAGACGCUCGCCAAAUCGCCCUUCUCCUCCUACCUCGCCGGCUCCUUCCCCUACAAGGUCGCCUCCGGCGAGAUCUACAGCAGCAUCGCCGGCCACUUCAACGGCCUCACCACCACCGACUGGCUCGACAAGGCCAACAGUUACCCCACGAACAAUAUUCCCGACACCGGCACGGUGAACGUCACCGUCAACUGCUCCUGCGGGAACCCGGGGAUUUCCAAGGAGUACGGGCUAUUCCUCACCUACCCGCUCAAUGGCCAGACGCUCGCCUCCGUCGCCGCGAACUACAGCUUCAACUCGCGGGAGCAAUUGGACCUGCUUAAGAAGUAUAACCCCGGGAUGGACACCAAUACAAGCGGGCUCGUUUUCAUCCCCGUCAGAGAUGCCAAUGGAAGUUACCAUCCUUUAACAUCACCAGAAAAGGGAGGUUCUGUGGGAGCUAUAGCAGGAGGAGUUGUCGGUGGUGUUGCUGCACUGCUCCUGGGUGUCGUUUUAUAUAUCAUGUUUUAUAGACGAAGAAAGGCGAAAAAGGCUGCCCUGCUUCCAUCUUCUGAAGAAUCUACCCAACUUGCUGCUACAUCAUCCAUGGAUAAAACUGCACUGUCAAGCAGUCAAGCUGAUAGCGCUUCAGCAGUUCCAGGAAUUACUGUUGACAAAUCAGUAGAGUUCUCGUAUCAGGAACUUUUUAAUGCAACAGAGGGAUUUAGCAUGAGUAAUAAAAUCGGGCAAGGUGGUUUUGGUGCUGUCUAUUAUGCUGAGCUCAGAGGCGAGAAAGCUGCCAUAAAGAAAAUGGAUAUGCAAGCUACAAAUGAAUUCCUUGCUGAGUUAAAGGUUUUGACACAUGUCCAUCAUCUAAAUCUGGUGCGCUUGAUUGGUUAUUGCAUUGAGAGCUCUUUGUUCCUUGUUUACGAGUUUAUUGAGAAUGGGAACUUAAGUCAGCAUUUGCGUGGAACUGGUUACCAGCCUCUGUCUUGGGCUGCCAGGGUUCAAAUUGCACUAGAUUCAGCCAGAGGUCUUGAGUACAUUCACGAACAUACUGUUCCAGUGUACAUACAUCGGGAUAUCAAAUCAGCAAACAUCCUGAUAGAUAAGAACUACCGGGCAAAGGUUGCAGAUUUUGGUCUGACAAAACUUACAGAAGUUGGCAAUACAUCACUGCCCACACGUGGAAUUGUUGGUACAUUUGGUUACAUGCCUCCAGAAUAUGCUCGAUACGGCGAUGUUUCUCCAAAGGUUGAUGUCUAUGCUUUUGGUGUUGUUCUUUAUGAACUUAUUUCAGCCAAAGAAGCUAUUGUGAGAUCAACUGAGUCUUCUAGUGAUUCGAAGGGAUUGGUUUAUCUGUUUGAGGAGGCUCUCAACGAACCGGAUCCAAAGGAGGGCCUUCAGAGGAUGAUUGAUCCAGCCCUAGGAGAGGAUUACCCCAUCGACUCCAUCCUCAAGAUGACCAGCCUUGCCAGGGCGUGCACGCAGGAGGACCCCAAGUCGAGGCCCACUAUGAGAUCCGUGGUGGUGGCACUGAUGACAUUGUCAUCUACGAGCGAGUUCUGGGACAUGAACGCCCUCCAGGAUAACCAAGGUCUCGUGAACCUCAUGUCCGGGAGAUGACUACCCCUCUUGUAAUUGUAGGUUGCCUGCCUGCCCCUUGUAAUUGUACAUUUAGGGCUGAUUUGUGCCGCCAGAGAGGAGGACACCAUGUCCAGCGCCACUGUAGGUAUUCACAUUUGAUUUCUUCUGUCGGUCUAGAAUGUUUAUGUCUCGUGUUGGUUUCUUCGUUUUUGCUCUUGGAGAGCCGGGUGAGUUGAGUCCAGAGCACAUGAGUUACCUGUAAGAUUUCUGAUUUUACACGGGAAUGCAAAUAAAUGAUCCUCUGUAGAUAGAUAAUCCCUGUUGUUGUGUACCAACCCA